UCCUACUCAGCUCUUUCCGCUCACGUGACUGUUACAGGCGGAAUGUUUGAAAUCUCUAUCUGUCAGGCACUGAGAGAACCGCGGAAAUGGAACGAGGGCCCGCGAGCCGGACUUGUUGCCAGCUGGAUCACGUGACGGCCGCCGCAAGAUUCCUUAUCCCCGCCGCUGAGGAGUAUCGCGCGGUCUAUCGAGGAUGAUGAGCCGGGCGCGAACUGCGAGGAAAAAACAGCAUGGCGGGCAGCAUAGGGGAGAGGAGAGAGGACUUCAAAGUUCUCAAUCUCCUCGGCAAAGGCUCGUUUGCUUGUGUGUACAGGGCCCAGUCUAUCAACACUGGCAUCGAUGUAGCUAUCAAAAUGAUAGACAAAAAAGCUAUGCAGAAGGUUGGAAUGGUGCAGAGGGUCCGAAAUGAAGUUGAGAUCCAUUGUCAGUUAAAACACCCAUCCAUUCUGGAGUUGUAUAAUUAUUUUGAAGACAACAACUAUGUAUAUCUGAUUCUUGAGAUGUGUCAAAAUGGGGAGGUGAACAGGUUUUUAAAGAACAGAAAGAACCCUUUCUCUGAAGAUGAAGCCCGGCAUUUCAUGCACCAAAUUGUCACAGGAAUGCUGUAUCUUCAUUCCCAUGGUAUAUUACAUCGGGAUCUUACCCUUUCCAACCUACUGCUGUCUAGUGACAUGAAUAUCAAAAUUGCAGAUUUUGGUCUAGCAGCUCAGUUAAAAAUGCCAAAUGAGAAACAUUUUACUAUGUGUGGCACACCAAACUAUAUUGCUCCUGAAAUUGCUACACGGAGCGCUCAUGGACUUGAGUCGGAUGUCUGGUCCUUGGGAUGUAUGCUGUAUACGUUCCUUGUUGGGAGACCACCUUUUGAUACAGACACUGUUAAGAAUACACUGAAUAAGAUUGUACUGGCAGACUAUGAAAUGCCUGACUUUGUGUCAAGGGAGGCCAAAGACUUAAUUUUUCAGUUGCUACAAAGAAACCCAGCAGCUCGGUUAAGUCUUUCAUCAGUGUUGGACCAUGCAUUCAUGACUGGUUUCUCCAGUGUCCAAAGUAAAGUUACGGAAGCUGUUGAGGACUCCAUGGAUAGUGGGCAUGCUACAAUAUCUACUGGUUUCACUGGGUCUUCUGGAGUUAGUAUAAGUAGUCGUUUUCAGGAGAAAAGAAUCUUGUCUGGCCCUUCACUUCCCAACAAAGUCAAUAUCUUUCAAUUUAAGGAUAAAGAUCCUACAGAAAAAUCCCACAGUGGAAGCUUUCAUAAUACACAAAGGGAGAAUAAUUUUUCUGAGGGUAAUGGAAGGAAAACUGUUGCCUGUGAGGACAGACCACAUUCUCGUUACCUGCGAAGGGCUCAUUCCUCCGACAGAUCAGGGACCUCUCAAAGCCAAACUUAUGCUAAGCCAAGCAGCUUUUCAGAGAGGUGCCAUUCAGUGGAGAUGCUUGCUAAACCCAGUCAUUUAAAGGGUUAUUGCAUUUCUUCACCUCCCAACAGCUAUGGAGAUAUUCCACAGACCUUCACAGAUGAACAUUUUUUGGAGAGACACACUUCUCCUCCAGUGAAAGAAAAAACACCUUCUGAUUUCAUGUGCCCAGCAAAGCAAAUUGCCCCAAGAUCUAAUGACAAGUGGCAAGCUGAAACUGUGCAGCAGUGGUUUGGAGCUCUGCAACUGAAUGGUCAAUUUAAAAAUAUGCCGGAUACAAGCAGUGUUAGUAACAUGGGUGGAGAUUUCUACAGCCGACAGAUUGUGCAAAAUGGAGCUCCACAAUAUGCCUGGACUGAUGUAAAGAGGAAAAAUGACACAGACUCCACUUUUGAUAGCGUUCUGCGAGGGAUUCAAAAAGUUCCUGCUACUGCCCAGCGCAAAGCAGAAACAAGUCAAUUUGGGGAGCAAGGCAAAUCCAGGGUAACUCUGCAGGCCUUUGGAUCCAAUACCCUGAAAUCCAUCAUUUCUCCACUAGAUGCACAAAGACUGAAACCAAUCAGACAAAAAACAAAGAAUGCAGUGGUUAGUAUCCUUGAGUCUGGAGAAGUCUGUAUGGAGUUUCUAAAAGAGCAAAAUUCUCAAGAACGUGUGAAAGAGGUGCUGAGAAUAUCCUGUGAUGGAAAUUUGAUUUAUGUAUAUCAUCCAAAUGAAGGGAAAGGGUUUCCUCUAGUUGACAGACCUCCAUCUCCUCCAGAAAACAGGCUCAGUUACACCUUUGACAGUUUACCAGAAAAAUACUGGAAAAAAUAUCAGUAUGCUGCAAAAUUUAUACAACUUGUACAAUCUAAAACGCCAAAGGUUAGCUACUACACAAAAUAUGGCAAGUGUAUGUUAAUGGAAAAUAGUCCCAAUGCUGAUGUUGAAGUCUGCUUCUAUGAUGGAGCAAAGAUCCAUAAGUCCCCUGACUUAAUAAGCGUAAUAGAGAAAUCUGGGAAGUCAUACACACUGGAAGGGAGUAGACUGAGCGCUUUGUCUAAUGAAGUUCGAUCUUAUGUGGAACAUGCCAAUGAGAGCCAUUGCAUUUGCCUCUCUUUGGAAUCUGCAAUCAACACAGAGGAGAGAAAGGGUGAAAAUAUUUCUUUGUUUCCAAUAACAUUUGGCAGGAGGCCUACUAUAACAGAAUCUCCAAAGACACAGCUAACAACUUCUGUGGAUAGUUCUAGAAAAAGAAAAGAUGAACAGAGUUCUGUUAAGAGAGUAUUACAUGGCAGUACAACUUCCCCACCCCAGAUACCUAACAUUAAUCCCUCUCUAAUUUCAUAUGAGGGCUCUGUAUUCUCUGCUACCAAUGUCCAACCUUCACCUACUACAAAUACCCUCAAGACUCAUACUCCAGAUCAUGCUCAGGUCCUAAAAUCUGUUUUUGUUGAGAAUGUAGGCUGGGCAUCUCAGUUAAAAAGUGGAGCAGUAUGGGUCCAGUUCAAUGAUGGAUCACAACUUGUUGUUCAACCAGGGGUCUCCUCCAUUAUAUAUACUGCACCGAACGGCCAGAUAACAAGGCAUGGGGAGAAUGACAAACUUCCAGAGUACAUCAAAAGCAAGCUGCAGUGUCUCUCCUCCAUUCUAAUGCUCUUUGCCAGCUCCUCCAGCCACUAAUGGGAAAACAGAACCUUUCAACAAAAGCCAACAUUUACCCCCUUCUUACGUGCCGUGUAGAAAUGGUGCUUGCUGAGCUCUAUGAUCACUAGUAGCUAUAAAAUUCCAGUGCCUCCCCUGGAUUCGGUCUCAUCACAGCAUUUAUAUUGCCAUUCUAUAGGCAGUUUAUUUUUUUGUAAAUAUAAAAAGUAACAUUUAUUCUUCAGAUUCCUUCAAUGUAUUGUUUUACUUGUAUGUUGGGGGGGGUCUGUCAUGUAUAUCAUGGAUGACACAUGUUUCGCUAUAUAUUUGUACAUAUACAUGUUGUAUGUUUUGUAAAAUUCAAAAGUAUAUUUUUUAUUUUUAACUUAUUAUGUAUUCACCGUUUAUAAUGAAAUAUUACUGCAACAACCAAAGCAUUAAAAAGUGCAGUGAAGCAA